AUGGAGGCAAAAAUUGAUGCCGUGCUCAGCAAGAUGGAGAUUGCAGCGGAGAAGGUGGAGCUGUAUUGCAACAGCAAGGUGAAGCUGCCCAUGGCCGAGCUGGACUACUUGAAGACCUUGGAAGAUGCACGAGAUUUCAUGACUAUGAUGGUGACAAAGACCAGUGACAACCGUCAACAGCUGGCAGACAUCUUUGGCGGAGACUGCUCCAGAAUAGCCAGGAUACGAACUGUCCUGGAUGGCGUAGUGCUGUCCGACAUGAACUGCAACGAUCAACGUGUGCGCACUUGCACAGAAGCCUGCGCUACCAUCGAGAAGGUCUUGGAAGACAUGGGCCUGGGCUGGUGCUUAAAGAAAGCCUGCGACGAGCAGAAGGCGAAUUUGGGUCGCAGACGCAGCAGCGUGGACCGCGAGGCCCUACUGGCCGCCUCUCAGGCUGCGCAGGCAGCCGCCCAGGCUGCUGAAGCCUUGGAGACUGAGGAGGUUCCCACAGCACCAGUUGCAGAGGAGCCGCCAGCCAAGGCUUCAAAAGCUGCGGACCUCUGGGCACAGUCGUUUGAUGAGGACUUUGUGAAGCGAGUGUUGGCUUGUACGGAAGCCACAGAGCUCCACAGUUUGGAGAAGGAGGCACUGGCCAGCAAGUCGUCCAAAACAGGCAACUGGAUGAUUUGGAUGGUGCACAGGGCUCACCUGGAUGAUCCGACAUUGGUCAAGUUUGAUUUCACCAACUUGAAGAUGCCAGAGGGCAGUGUCGAGCCCCUCAUCUCGCCAAAGUUGGCGGUGGCCAUGGAGAGCAACACGCACAUUGAGCAGCUGUUGAUGGGUUGCACCAACCUCCAAGACCCGGAAGCGGCCAUUCUGGCAGUGUCCCUCCGCUCCAAUAGCUCUCUAAAGGUCUUGAACAUUGACACGAAUGCCAUCCAGCCGCUCACGCUGGAGUCUAUUGCUAAGGGCACCAGCGUGAACCAAGCCUUGCAGGAGUUGCGCUGCAACAACACUGCCAAUGGGAGACUGGUUACGGAAGCUUUCCUGCAUGCCCUCAAGUCCAACCCCAUGAUGUGCAAGCUGGGCUAUCCGGUGACGGAUCCCUACUUCCGUGGCGAGAUUGACAAGCAGCUGACCCGGAAUAACGACGCUGCGCGCAAGCGGCGCCUGGAGGAGAAGCGACGGAGGGAAGCGGAGGGGGACACCACGAGUCCUACCAGCCAGGCCGGCUACCCGGCUGUGAAGGCAAGUCCGAAGGCCGCAAACUGGCCUCCAAAGUUGUCUGAAGCAGAGGAUAAGGAAGUCAAGGAGAAAGCCGAGAGGGAGAAGACCGAAAAGGAGAAAGCUGAGAAGGAGCAGGCCGAAAAAGAACGAGCCGAGAAGGAAAAGGAGGAAAAGGAGAAGGCGGAGAGGGAGAAGGCGGAGACGGAGAAGGCGGAGAGAGAGAAGGCUGAGAGAGAGAAGGCGGAGCAGGAGAAGGCAGAGCAGGAGAAGGCGGAGCAGGAGAAGGCCGAGAAAGAAAAGGCGGAGAAGGAGAGGGCAGAGAAGGAGAGGGCAGAAAAAGAAAUGGAGGAGAGGGCAGCGAAGGAAAUGGAGGAAAAGGAGAGGGCAGAGAAGGAGCAAGCCGAGAAGGAGAAGGUCGAACAGGAGAGGGCAGCAAGAGAGCAGGAGGAGAAGGAAAAAGCGGAGAAAGAGCAGGAGAAGAUAGGAAAAGUGGCUGCGGAGACGGACAAGACCCAAAUUGAAAGUUCUGACAUCGCAAAAGCCGCACCUCAGAGCAUCGAGUCUUUCCUCCGAGAGCCCUUGGAUGCGCUUCCUGGUAUGGUGGACGCUUCUGGUGCGGAAAGUGGAUUCCGCGGAUAUCUUUACAAGAAGAGCCCAUCUGCGCGAUUCAUGAAGUCCUGGGACUGGCGGUUCUUCGUGGUUCAGGGGCAGCGGCUCGUUUGGUGGAGGAGAGAUCACGAUGUCCCGAAAAGUGCCGCUGACUUGGCGCAGUCAGACCCAUCUGGAUGCAAAGGCUUCAUCAACUUCGCCGUAAGCCGUGCUCGUGUGGUCCCCGAUGACAAGAAUCCGGCCGUGUUUGCGUUGGAGGCAGUCGAUGGAGCCUGGAAGGAUGGUUCCCUCAAGGACAUGAGCGAUGCCCAGAGGACGUUCGAGUUUGACUGCACUGACUCUGCGCACACGCGAGAAGAGUGGAUGGCGGCUUUGCGAGCUUUGCAGACGUAG